GAACAAUACAAAUAUCUAUUUUUUUUUUGUACAUGAAGGGCUAUUGUUGUCCACAAAAGUAUGGAAAAGGAGGUGAGAUAAGAAGCACCAUUCUAUUUAUUGGAAGAGGCCAGUAUCAACUCAGCUGUAACUACUGCAAUGUUUUAAAAGAUACCCCUCCCCGCUUUCCCAUGUACUACAAACCACUCAAGACUUUUGACAGCAAUCCUGUAUCUAAUUAUGAACAAAGCUUCUAUCUUUAGAAUUCAGUUAAAUUUGAGCGAUAGUACAAAUCCGAUGCCGAAGCUGGGAAAUAAUCUUGAUGUUACUUCUGUUCGUGUGAGGGUAAAAUAGGUAUCGAGAAUUGGUUUUAACACGUCGCCGUUAGC